UUUUAUCUCUUGACUCUCGCUGUAAAAAAAAAUUUGUCUUCAAAUUUCAAAACAUUUCAACAUCGAAAAUUAUAGUUAAACGUACAGGCUGUAAAAAUUGUGUCUAACAAAUUAUUUUAAGCUUACAUACUGUAUAAUUAUGGCAUACAAUGGAACUAAAAGACAAGUGCUUAAUACUUUUAAAUUAGUUCAUAGAGCAAGAUCAAAGUGCUUUAAAGAUGAUAAUCAUAUGUCUAAUGCUGCAAAAGUUCAAAUUAAUGAAGAGUUCAAAAAAAAUAAAUCAGUCUCAGAUCCAAUCACUGUACAAAAUCUAAUCAAGUUUGCCUUAGAUGUUGAAAAUGAGUUAUUAACGCAAGUAGUCCAGGCUGAGCGUAUUGCUGAAAAUAAAUUUAAAUUGAAGAUAGAUCCUGAUAGACAUACUUAUGAAAAUAUUCCAUAUGCUGAAUUAGAUGAUGAAACAUACAAAAAAUGGAAAGAAUCUAAAAAGAAAGGCGGUAAAAAAGACCAGAAAUGUUGCUGUGAUUAGUGAACAUAAAUAAUGUUAGAAAUGUUAGUUAUAUAAAUCUGUGAAGUAUUGUUAAAUUUGUUUAUAAAUCAUGCUAAAUUAAACUUAUUUUAAUUUAU